CAAAAAUAGCGCGCUUCGUUGUAUAAGUGUCUUGCGACGCGCGAGCUGCAAGAACCAACCAUCGAGCCGCCUAACCAAUUCCGUUUCCAGAUCCCGCGAGCACUCGCCAGUCACCAGCCGCCAUGGCCGACGCUGGCGCCGACCUCGAGAAGGCCGCGGCCGCCCCGGCCCAGGGCCAGGGCGCCUCUGCCGACGGCGGCGGCGUGGUGGGAGCCGUGCUGCGGCGGUGGCGGACGCAGGACCUGCUGGACAGGUCCGGCUCCGCGCUGCGCGCUGCGGCAUGGGCGCUCUCCCUGCUGGCGUUUCUCGUCAUGGUCUUCAACGAGCACGGCGACUGGAGGCAGUUCGACCACUACGAGGAGUACAGGUACAUUGUCGCGAUCGGGCUACUCGCCUUCAUCUACACGACGCUGCAGCUUGUCCGGCACGGCCUCCGCCUCACUGGCGGCCAGGACCUGCAUGCCAAGACCGGCCUCCUCGUCGACUUCGUCGGGGACCAGGUGACCGCCUACCUUCUGAUGUCGGCGCUAUCCGCCGCGAUCCCGAUCACCAACCGCAUGCGCGAAGGCGAGGACAGCGUGUUCACCGACUCGUCGGCAGCGUCCAUCAGCAUGGCCUUCUUCGCCUUCGUGUGCCUCGCCCUCUCCGCUCUCAUCUCUGGCUUCAAGCUCGUCAAGCAGACCUACAUAUGAGCAGUACAGGGGAACCACAUACAGAUAUACUUCAUGGGUUCAAUUUCGUCCUGUGUACAAUCUGAGCUGAGUCAUUUACCAUUGGUUGUAUAGCCCAUUAUUUCUACCUGAUGGUGUGGUAUAUAGCUAGGGUUGGUUCCAUUAUCCUAGCUAGCUCCCAAUUGGGAUGGAGAUGAACAGAUGGUGUGCUUAGAGGAAUCAAUUGGAGAUGGCUUCUUCUGUGUGAUUAUGUGUUUACAUCGGGAUAACCAUGGAAUGCACCUACAUGUCUUCACAAGAAA